ACCGCCUUGGACAGAAUUGGCUUGACUAAUCAUUACGAUUAUCCGGAGAAAAUUUGCAUUAAUGAGCAGUUUUACAGUUGGUACUUCUUUGACUGCAUAACAAAGGUUUGUACCGCCAUAAAAAACGACAUUUAAGUUAAGCCAUUGGUUUCAUACAUGCAUUUCAACACCGGACACAAAUUAAAGUGACUGGGAAACGGAUGAUCAACAUGGACUUCAUCAUGGCGAAGUUCAUCACAUAUAUGGCUUCAGACAUUCAUCUUAUCUGACCAUGGCCACACAAUGACUCGGUUUAGCUACACUGAAGAAGAAAGGAGAGAGUUAUUCGAUCCACUGUUCUUCAUGACCAUUCCUGAUGGCGUCAAGGACAAACUGGGGACAAGAAGGACGAGUGCCUUGAUAACGUACCAAAAGCGCCUCUUUAUGCUCUAUGACGUUCAGAAAGCAUUCAUGAGUUUGAACGAUCCUCGGAAAAUGAACUCCAACGAUUAUUCAGUGACAGGAAUAUUUUCAGAAAUCGCUGUAAACAGCACACGCGCCGACUUCUACAUGCUUCCCUUGACUAGAUGCAAGUGUGAGGGUUUUGACGCAGAGAUUCCUGUAAAUGACAAUGCAAAUGAUCACAUGGGGUUGGCCGAAUUGCUGUUGGGUAUAUAAAUGAUGCUAUCCGAAAAAAAUAUAUGAGCGGUGAGACGGCCUCUGUUUGUUGAUAUAUUUUGUUGCUAUGUUUAAAUCACUGGACAAUGAAGGAGAGUUGGAAAUCCACAAUCACGAAUUUUCAUCCACAAUCCAUUAGCACACGAUAUGAUCAAAUCAGUUAAAGGUUCUAAGAUGAGACGGCUCGGGGUGGGAUGAGGUGAAUUGUGAUGGGUGGGGUGGGUGGAGAGAAGUGGGACUGCAUGAGGUGGUUUGAGCAAGGCCAGUGGGGUGUGUAGAGGUGCGAUUGGUGGAGUGGGGUGGGGUGUGUGAGAUGAGGGCGACUUAGUGCGAUGGGUGGAGAGGGAUGAGAGAGUUCAGGCAACACGAGGGAAAUUCGAGAGGAAGACUGCAGUAGAACGAAAAGUUGUGAGAUAAAAAGGCAUAAAAACGUGCCUUAAUUUAUAUUGAUUCUUAAAUUUAUUUUUUUCCUUUUCAGGAAACUGUAACACUCACAAAACAUGGCUAUGGGAACUGCAAACGCUUGGUUGGAAAAUCAUUUGAAAAGAUUGUCAAGCGAUUUCAAGGGGAAUACAUUUUGACGAGGGUAAACACUAUUUUUGUCUCACCAACUAAAGCAUUCCGAUAUCACUUUGAUUGA